AUGGCCAUCAACGUUGGUGAUGUCAUCCUGUUCACAACAGCGCUGUUCCUCAGCGGCUACGUCAUCCAACAACGAACGCUGCGCGACUUGCGAAGGGCCAUCCGCCCGGAUCCCCGGCCAAGUCCCAAGAUCUACCUACCAGACCGGUUCAAACAGUCUACCACAGAGCUCGAGGAUGGCAGCAUAGUUGAGAUUGGGGACAGCGACGACAAUCUACCAGGAGUCGACGGGCGGCAGAAGCAGGACGGUUUCGUGGUGGAGGUGCGGCCCACGGUCCCGGAGGACGUGCCCGCGGAGAAGCCAGCUGAGAAAGAGCCGAAGGAGCUGAAGAAAAGAGGCAAAUCCAAGAAAGAGCAGAACAAAGCCGAGGAAGAGGAAAAGCCGAUCAGCAGGGCCGAGAGGAGGAGACGCAUAAAACAAGACAUCAUGGAACUGUCACAGGGCGAGGGGCCGGUCUAUUACCAGAGAAGACUGUGGUAA